CAAUUUUAGGUAAUAUACUUAUUAAUUAGAUACAGUUAAGCAUUGAAAAAAAUGUAUUUCAGUACAAUUACAAUACCUACAAGGUUGGUGUCACUGACCACUGUCAAAACUUCAAAAGCUUGCUUUGAGUUACGCAAAUUCUUGGUAGGAUUUAGUAAUAUAUUUACUUCCCGAUUAAGCUGUAGUUUUGUAUUACUAUAUUACACUUUUUAAUGACCUAAUAUUAUCCCUAUGUGUGUAUGCAUAUUGUAAUGAGACAAUCUCUAAGAAAGUCUGUAGAAAAUAAGUGUCUUCAACUCCAGUUAGCAACUUAGUACAGUACAUGGAUGUGUAUUGAACGAGACACUGGCUGAUUGUUUUUUUGCUUUUGAUGUGUAUGUGUCAAAGUUGUUGUACUUAUAAUAUUAUUGUGUGGGGUUUACUGUUUUUGUUGUGCUUGUUAGUUUUUUGUGUGUGUUUGUGUUACAGUGUUUGUGUGUGUUGUGGUGUGUUGUGUGGUGUUAUAAGCUGUUUGAGUUGUGUGGUUGCGUGGCUCGCUUGUACGUCUGGCAGCGGUGUUUGUUUCGGGAGUGACGGCGAGUCACGAACUGAACGCGUCCUACUCCUGUUUACAUUAGCUACAGGCUCAGAAGGGGGUCUCACUGUGCCUCUCAGUACACUACAAACUUCAGCCAGAAACAGCAUACAGAGAGGUCACGGUGGUCAUUCACCGUCCCUGCUCACCUCUUAAUCCUUCUCACUGUCUACAUAUCAUUAAUAAUGCCACGAGUGAAGAGCGAUGUAUGGAAGCAUUUCACUGAAGUGAAUAAAAAAGGAAAAACUGUUUAUCUCUGUAAGCAUUGUUCAGCACAGUAUACUAAAAAUGCUACAAAGCAAGCAGCACAUUUAGAGAAAUGUUUCAUAAAGAAACAAAGAAGCCAAGUUAGCCAACCUGAUUCCCAUGUCGAGUGUGCAUCAGCAGCCCAGCAACCAACAGUAGGCUUACCAGUAGCAAAAUCUGAUCAAUGCAGCGAUUCCAGCACUUCAUCAUUUGGUAAAUAUCAAGGAAAUGUGAAAGGAUUCUUUGACAUAAUGAGCAGUAAUGAAAAACAAAAACUGGAUGAAAGUCUAGCAAGAGCAAUUUAUGCAUCUGGUUCACCACUUAUGCUAACAGAAAACGUCUACUGGAGAAAGUUUUUCAGAGAAAUGCGCCCAUCAUACAAGCUUCCUGUAAGACAUGCUUUAAGUUCUCAUCUUCUAGAUUCAGAAUAUAAGCGUGUUCAAGAUAGAGUAACAGCAGUGAUUCGUGAUGCGGACUGUCUUUCUGUAGUAUUAGAUGGCUGGUCAAAUGUGCGGGGAGAAUCAAUAAUUAAUUACAUAAUAUCAACUCCUCAACCAGUUUUCCUCAGAAGCACUGACACCAAAGAUAAACAACACACAAAAGAGUACAUUGCUAGUGAAAUUAUUUCUGUUAUUGAACAAGUCGGCAGUCAAAAGGUAUUUGCAGUAGUUACAGACAAUGCAGCCAACAUGAAAGCUGCUUGGAAGCUUAUCAGUGAAAAUUUUCCUCACAUAACAGGAAUUGGUUGUGCUGCACACACCCUUAACCUUCUCCUUUCUGAUGUAAUGAAACUGAAGACUAUGGACAACUUGGAUAAACAAGCCAAAAGGAUCAUCAAGUAUGUCAAGCACAAACAAACAGUACUGGCCACUUUCUCCUCUAAGCAAAAACUCAAAAGCAAAAACUCAUCUCUUAAACUUCCUAGUAAAACAAGGUGGGGAGGCAUAGUCCUGAUGUUGAACAGUCUAAUUGAAGGGAAAGAGGCCUUGCAGGAGUUGGUCAUCAUGGAAAGUCUCAGUGUAGAUAAGGACAUACGCAAGUUGAUUUUAGACAACAAAGUUUUCUGGGUGCGUGUAAGUAGCUCACUGGCCAUUCUAGAGCCUAUUGCCUCUGCUAUCCAGGAAAUAGAAAAAGAUGAUGCAGUGCUCUCAGAUGUACCACGUCUCUUUGCUGGAUUGAAGCAGAAAAUAACUGUAGCUCUUCCUUCAUCACCUUUACUCCAGUCAGAAGAGGUAUCUGUGACAACAUAUAUUGAGAACCGAAUGCAGUUUUGCAUAAAGCCAAUACAUGCAGCAGCAAACAUCCUUGAUCCUGUGCGCCAAGGACAAGACAUUGAUGAAGAACAAGUUGGCAGUGCAUAUUCUGUCAUAUCAGCUAUGGCCAUUCAUAUGAAUCUUGAUGUUGGUGAAGUGAUGGGAAGUCUGGCAAAAUUUCGUGCCAAAGAUGGUAUUUGGAAAUCAGAUGGUGUCUGGAAGUCAGCUGAUCAUGUUUCAAAAGCAACUUGGUGGAAAGGGCUCUGCAGCUCAGAACCAGUGUCAUCAAUAGCAAGUAUUCUCUCACAGAUACCGCCAACAUCCGCUUCGUCAGAAAGAAACUGGUCUAUGUAUGGAAAUACACACACAAAGCUGCGAAACAGGCUUACCAAUGAUCGAGUUGAAAAGUUGGUGGCCAUUCGUUCUAAUCUCAAACUGUUUGAAGAUGACAUAGGCGAGGAUAAUUUAACCAUCUGCACCAGUGAAAUGGAUUCAGACAGUGAAGUGAUGGAAGAUUCAGUGUUAUCUGAUUCAGAGGAAGCAUAAGUUACCAAAUAACAAAGUGAGAAAUAAAUAUAGUGAAAAAUUGAGACAAUCUGCUCUUUUGUUUUAACUUGUAUGGCAUAGCCAGUGAUUAUUAAUGAUAAGUUUUGCUUUCUUAUUCUGCUUACAUAUUACUUUAAGGUACCAGUUUUGAGUAAAAUUUUAGUUUACA